GGGUCCCAGCUGUUCCUACUUUUCCUCCCUAAACAAAUCUCAUGGGCCAACAGGAGUGCUGGAGGUGAUCAGAUUCUGAGGAGGUCCCUUCUUUCCCUUUCCCUAUUCACAGGGUAAUUAACACUAGCACCUGAAUCCACGACCCCCCAAGGUGACCAUCAUACUGACCAUUUCCACAGGAGAGCUAUGCGGGAAGGAUCCAUCAGUGAUUCUAACAAAGCACAGCUGAGUGUGGGAACCUGAAAAGCAGGGGCAGGAAGCUGUUUGGAGAGCAGCUGGCCUAGUGUGCAGUGUCCAAGAUCAUAUGGCUGGGAGACGUGGCCUUCUGUAACUGGUGUCAAUUCUUUCUGCUUCCCUUCCCCCAAACACAUUACAUUUCCCAUUUUACCCCUCAUACAAGGAAGUCUGGCUCUGCUCUAAUCCUUAUGUGUCCAUUGGUGCCUGAAAAUGAACCAGGAUGGCCUAGGUUCCUAAUCACUGCUGCUUCCAUCUGUUCCCAACACUUCUGAAGGCCUGGAGUUCCCAGCAGAUGGAGGGGUUAAGGCUAGUGUUCCAUUCUUUUCACUCUCCUCCCCUUGUUCACUCCAAAAUCUCCAUAAAACCCAAGCCACUAUUCCCCUGACCCCAAAGUACUAGCUCAUCUCCAGUUCUAUAACAGCUUUAGGACGGUGAACACAGGCUCAGGCAGUCCUCCCUUUCACCACCACCACUAAGCCCAACAUACAGGUGAGAAGAAGAAACGAGGACAACUUCAAGGAUUCUGAUUGUGGGAGACGUCUUUUUAGGUCAGGGCUAGGGCCCCAGCAUCUGGGUCCAGGACCAUGUCUGCUAAAAAGGACUGGUGGGUGCCACCUGAGGGCGAAGGUGGAGCCUCUGAUAAGUUACUGAGGAAGACCAGGGAGUCACCACUGGUACCUGUGGGCCUGGGGGGCUGUCUGGUGGUAACAGCUUAUGGCAUUUAUCGGCUAAAGGCCCGAGGCCCUCUCAAGAUGUCUCUACACCUGAUCCACACUCGAGUGGCAGCUCAGGCCUGCGCCGUGGGAGCCAUCAUGUUGGGUGCAGUGUACACCAUGUACUGUGACUACAUCAAGAGAACAGCACACGAUGCCGAGGAGAAGUAGGAGCUGUAUGGAGGCUGGCGGUCAGACUCCCUUAAAUGAGUCCCUUGUAUGCUUCCUUAUAAUAAAGUGAUUCUGAGGAUGAGCGACAGUCUGUUCUUAACACAGGGAAGCACUCAAGAAGUUGGUGGUGGCAGCUGGUGUGAGGGCUCAGAAGAAUGAGCUGGGGGAGGGGGGGUGGGGGCAGGCAAUCAGCACUUUGGCCUCUUAGUUCACAGGAUCAUAGAGUUAGAGCUGGUGGGGUCUAAGAGGUUAUCUGACCCCCUCCCCCCCAUUCUGGAGGUGAGAAAGGCUCAGCUAAAUACUAAGUGAGAUAGCUAGGAUUUGAACUCAGAUCCUUUGACUCCAAAUCUAGAAUCCUCUCCACUCUAGCACGAUGACACCGGGGAGGAUUUGGGCACGCUGAAAAUUUAAGCACAAAUGUAAUUCCUAAAUCAGGGAUCCCAGAUUCCUCCCUCUCCUCCCACCUCCACCUCCUUUCACAGAAAAAAAGAAUAAUUAGACAGUUGAUAGAAAUGUUAAUUCAAGAGUGGCUGCAAGUACUGAUCCCUUAAUAGGCUUCCCUGGGCACGAACAGAGAAAGAGAGCCCUAAGCUAGAAGCCCAGAGCCAGCAGGACCAUCUAGGAGGUUCUAUACCUCUUCACCCAAAAGCAAGUACCAGGGUAAAUGCAAGGCUGCAGAGAUUUGGUAAGGGAUAGAAGGAAACGGAUGAAAGGAAAAGGACCAGACAAAGACCAGAAUGUUCUGCUCACUUACAAACAAUGUUUAGGGUCAAAUUUGUAAAAAUAAAAUUCUAAAUUCCAGGACAGGGUUUCUCAGGGUCAGACAUUUUCCUUCUCUUCUUCCCCCCUGAGGUUUGAGCCUCACUCCCUCCCUCACUCCCUGAGGAAUAGAGCUAAUAAGCAGAGGCCAUGGAAAGACCUAAGAGGCCAAGUGUUCCUCCCUUCCUGGGGAGUCUGUAGAGACAGUUUACUGGCUGCUGAAAAAAAUCAAUACCAUUUCUUUUCUCCCCCUACCCCGCCAUCAGCAACUGCAAAGGCAAAGCCACUUGGUCCAAUACACCAAAGUUGUGCCUCCCAGGCUCUGCUGUCCAGAAAGCGCUG